CACGUGAUCGAUGUGUCGAUGCCCUGCAAGAUGUCGACUUUACUUCAUAUGUAAUUUUUUAGCCCAAUAAAGUAGUAUUUAUGUAAUAGUUAGUCACAGCAACCCGUCACUUAACCUAGCGGAGUAUGUCGUCGAUGAACUGGAAAGACGAGUGAUGGUUCCUAUCCUUGGGAGCAACAUUCCAGGCAACUGCAGCAUGGACCAACAACUUCCACCAACUCUAUAGCCUGCCCAUAAACAGCAUCCAAGCAAGAUGGGCAACGUCCAUUGCCUCAACAGGGAACGUGAGGCUCGCGAGGGUGUCGGUGAGGAGCUGCACGACAAGGGCGGUGCGGGGGAUGCAGGUGGCAAUGGGGGUAUACCUCGUCACCAGGACACCCGCUACACCAAGGCUCCCACUGGUGCACCUCUCGUCAGCGCUACAAACAUCCCAGCUCACGAUGCAGUGGGUCCAGUCAAGUCUGGAAUGCCAGCCAAAGUUGUGAUAGCCUUGUACACGUACAAAGCCAGGGACAACGGUGAUCUCAGCUUCAAUAAGGGAGACAGACUACAAAUUCUUAAUGAUAAUGACCCAGACUGGUGGCAUGCCAAACAGCUGACAACCCAACAGACAGGGUACAUUCCCAGGAAUUACGUUGCCUUUGAGAAGACAGUAGAGAGCGAAGACUGGUUCUUUGGCAAAGUGUCGCGGAAGGAUGCAGAGAAGAUGCUCCUGAUGGCUUCCAAUCCGCGUGGAACAUUCCUCAUCCGCAACAGCGAACAGACCAGCGGAGCCUACUCACUGUCGAUCCGAGACUUCGAACAGACCAAAGGGGACCACGUGAAGCACUACAAGAUUAAGACCAUGGACAAUGGCGGGUACUUCGUCACGACAAAGAAGACGUUCACGAUGUUGCAGGAGUUAGUUUCCUACUACAUGGAGGGAGCUAACGGGCUGUGCCACAAACUGACUCUCUCGUGUCCGAAGCCAAAGCCGAUGCUGUGGGACCUCUCGCCCGAGACGAGGGACGAAUGGGAGAUUCCCCGCAAUUCUGUGCAGCUCAUGCGCAAGCUGGGCAGUGGGAACUUUGGAGAAGUUUGGUAUGGAUUGUGGAAAGGGACGACGGAAGUAGCUAUCAAAACGUUAAAACCCGGCACAAUGGAUCCGGCAGCAUUCCUGCAAGAGGCCUCGAUCAUGAAGAAGCUUCGCCACGAGAAGCUAGUGUCGCUGUAUGCCGUCUGCUCUAAAGAAGAACCCAUCUACAUUGUUACAGAGUACAUGACCAAUGGUUCCCUUCUGGACUACCUCCGUAACAGGGACGGGCGCAACCUAAAGCUACCUGCGCUCAUAGACAUGGCUGCGCAGAUUGCGAACGGCAUGGCUUACCUGGAAAGCGAGCAACUGAUCCAUCGUGACCUUGCGGCUCGCAACAUUCUGGUGGGUGACAACAACGUUGUCAAGGUGGCGGACUUUGGGCUGGCCCGCAUCAUAGAAGACUCCGAGUACACAGCAAGGCAAGGUGCAAAGUUCCCCAUUAAAUGGACGGCCCCCGAAGCGGCUCUCUACGGGAAGUUUUCCAUAAAGUCUGACGUGUGGUCCUACGGCAUCUUGCUUUACGAGCUCAUCACCCAUGGGCAGAUUCCAUACCCAGCAAUGCCCAACCGUCAGGUGAUUGAGUACGUGGACCGGGGCUACAGGAUGCCCAAGCCCCCCAACUGCGAGUGCCCGGAUUCCGUCUACGGGAUCAUGCUCAACUGCUGGGAAGGGGACCCGGAGAAGCGCCCCACCUUCGAGUUCCUCUACGGAUUCUUCGACGACUACUUUGUCUCCACCGAGCCCAGCUACCGAGACGCCGAGGACUUCUAGGCGGUCUUUCAGUUUUGUUUCUUUUUCUCUUAACGCUGUUCAGAAAUAUUUGUCCGACGGAUUUCUCACCGUAGAAGGACUCGGGCAGGAGGUAACCUCGCAGGUCUGGAGGGAAAAAAAGCAAGACGAGCCCCCCUGAACAUGGAGCAUGAACAAACAAACUUUUUGGUCCGGUCUUUUCGAUGUCGUGUCAUGGGCAGGGACAGGAACGAAAAGUCGAUGUGAAUUUUGUACAGAAUGGUCACACUUUCGAUUUGUUGUCAUUAAGGUGCUGUUGAGAUGGGUCUGUUGAAUCCCUCUGUGAAACUUUGACGCUUGGUUGGAUUCGUAAAAUUUUGACAAAAAUACUUCUGUACACAAUCCUUGGAAUGCUGUUCAGGUCAUGUAGGGUCACUGCGUAAGCUUUGCCACAAAGGAUCUUUGUUGACGCCUUCGCAAUAGCAAUAGACACACGUGAAAUGAAAUGCCGUCGGUUGCUGGAAAGGCUUGUUUAGUGACCCUGGCAACAAUGAUGUUCUUUGACAAUUUUUGUUAAUCUCUUUCUUAAGCCAUCAUUCACGCAUGCGCACAGAUUACUUUGAUAUCCUGGCACCAGUGCACAAAAUGAAAGAGUUAUGCAUUUAUGUUUCCUGCAGAAUCAAUUCCAAAUGGCCUUUGAGAACUCCCCGCAGGGCUCUCAUUAUUUCUCGGUGACAUGCAACAAUAUUUUAUGUCUGCGUGUUUACACUCUAUUUAUAUAUAUAUAUAUAUACAUAAAUACAUAUUUGUUGCAUGCUAGUGUAGGACAUCAAACUUUCUUGCUUUAUUAUUGAUACUGUGACUCCUGCUGUUGGAUUGUCCUGUAGCUAUCAGGUUGGCCAGCUAUCGAGAUAGCUAACGGCCGAUUAUCAGGAAAAUUAUGACACGUAAAAACGUUAACGGUGCACCUUGGUAUAGAUCUUAGCCGCAGAAGCGUUGCUGUCCAGACUUCGGCCCUCAGUUGGUCGACGUAAGGUUUUCAAACGUUUGAUAUCUGGUGAUCUGUGUCAAAUUGGGCAUUCACGUUCUGCGGUACAGAUAUAAUACUGCCUCUGUUUGUGAUGGAAGGUGAUAUCUAGUGACCGACCUCUUUGGGUGUACUGGUACUACAUUUCAAAAGCAAAUGCAACCAGUUCUCACGUCCCAUCAUGAAAUAACCCGAAGUUUGAAUGUUCUGAGCGCGUCUGGGAUGUCCCGAAGCUUUUUAGGCUCUUGAGCACCUUCCUGAACUUAAAAGUCUCACCAAAAAGUCUGCACUUUUAGAUGCGGACAAACUUUUGGAUGACCUUUUUAUACUGAACAUUUUAUACUUUGUAACGGUUUUGUAAGAGUAUUGGAGUGUACAUUCCGUCCGUUCCACCAGGGCUGAAGGGAUGGUGCCUGCCAAUGUCGUUCUCCUUCGGGGGAACGUGGACAUAUCCUAACUUGCCAAAUGUUUUCAGAAUUAGUAUUGCAUGUACAUAGAUUGAUUAGAUUACAUUGUUAGUGCUUUACUGGGCUGGAAAUGUAUAGUACUAGUAGUCAGCUUUUUUAUAUCAUGAUAUAGAUGGCUGUCAUUAGCUUCUGCUGCUCCAUUAUGCAAAAAUUUCACCAGAUUUGUGGUCACCAGAAUGUCUUCGGAUUCUUGGUACACAAGGCUGACUCUUGAAUUGUUCUUGGAAAGAGCAUGUUUUCCCCAUGUAUUUCAUGUGGCAAAUAUUAGCUGCGUGCUACUUGUAUUUAAAAGAGUGUGCAGGUAUAUGCAACAUUAUCUGGCAGUUGGAUAUUCUUGUAAUGUUUGGUAGGCAUUAUAUGUUAACAUGAGUGAAAUUUACAAUAAGCUGCAUGUAAAACAGCAGCAUGCUUAGAGAUGGUUAAGUACACAUGUUAACUUGCAUUAUCCAAUUUAGCUGACAAGAUAAACUUGACACUUGGUAAUGCUUGCAGAAGUUUUCGUUCCAGAAAUUUCGCGCAGGCUGAUGAAAUUUAUAAGUGCUCCGCAUGACGUAACUUCUCACAUACUAUGUAAAUAAAAUAGCAUCCUAUUUUCUAGCAGUGCAUAACGAAAUUUCAUGCUUUGUUCUUUGAAUGCUUGAUUACGAUCUGGUAAGACUGUUAAAAUUGUUUGUCAUCUAAGCUUGUGAACUAGCUAUGUUGAUACAAGUAAUUUGUUAGUAUGUGUGGUUUAUUCAACUUUGUUCAGCUACUAACAUCUACAGUAUUUAACUUCCUCACCCUGAGCUAGAAUUGUAUAUAGUUUAUGCAUGUAUGAUACUUUAAUUUGUAUCAGCAGUUCUAAUAUCUAUUAUAAUUGCAAUUGAAUGUCAUGGUUCCCACUGGCCCUUGAAACCCUUGAAUUUGAAAAUGCUACUUUCACUGUCUGGAAAACCAUUAAUUUUGCAUCUUGUUCUCAUGGAGCUGCUGGUAUGAAUUUUGCUUACCGAGAGGCAGGGCUGUAGCAUUGAAACCACAGGAGUUAGCACUCUCUACAAUAGAAAUCAGUAUCAAGAAAUUUAUAGUGCCGUCCGUUAUAUUAAUCAGUUUUUUGUGAACAGAUCACUAUUGUGCAGUCCCUGUGAUAGGUGAUACUUGUAGCUUAUAAAUAUUUCUGUGAAAUAUUGAAGCCCUGGCCAUAAACUAUGUCUUACACCUCAGUCAAAAUGAUGGCUGAGUCUUAAAAGGCCCUUGAAUUUUUGUUACAAAAUUUAGUGGGAACCAUGAAACGUGAUGUCCACCUUGCGAUGCAGUACUAAGGCUCAGCUGCGCUUUAGUACUAGUAGUGAUAGAGUAUGUUGCAUGUUCUUUAGUGACAAGAAAAAUGUUACCAAGUGUUUUUUUUUUUUUUUCUUUUAACAUACAGGUUUUCUUUUUAUUCGUUACAGAUUUUUUUAUAAAAAAAGCAAUGAGAUCGGCACAGAUGCCGUUUUUGCAGUUGAGUCACACGACAUUGCAGACAUCCUCUCGAAGACAGUAUCGAUGAAAGUCAUUCCACCUUCUAAAAAACCCUAAAAGCAAGUGUGUGUGUUGAAAUAUUCAUUGCCGAACAUUGCUAUGUAGAUGAGGCGAAAGCGAGCAAACCAGAUGCUCUCUUUUACCCUAAGUCCUAUCAUUAAAGAGUUAAUUAGUGAAUUUUAGGUAAUGAGUCACCUAGAGGUUGCAUACUGUCUGUGUGAGGAUGUCUGCCUGGCCAUGUAACUCAACUGCAAAAACGGCAGCUUUUUUUUUGUAAAAACCUAUAACGAAUAAUAGUAAUAAAAACACUUAAUGACAAGUGUCAAAAUUUCCGAAUUUAUUAAACGAAUUAAUGUGCGGCAUUUGAAGAAUGUUCAUGAAAUAAAGGCACUCGGAAGUAUUUAAAAAAAAAUGAUUUGAUUAUGAAUGGCAGCCCACGCACUCCCCAGUUGGCAACCCAAAACAGUUUUGUGCAGAAGAGAUUUGUGUUUGUAUGAAAGAUAAAACAAAUGUACCAAACAACUUUGCAAUUGA